AUGUCAUCUUCAUUCUCUAUCUCUUCUUCACUCCCAUCACUUCAAAACCCUAACUUGGACCAUUCCCAUCUCUUCAAUUCCCUCAAAUUACCCAAUCUCCGUUUCAAUUCUAGAAUCUCUUCACCGCCACGCUCUCGCCCCAACUUUCCCCAACUCUACAAAACCUCCACCACUCUUCGCCGUAGAUUCCCAUGCAAUAAAGCUUUGAAAGAUUCCGGAGAUGGUGGUGGUGGAGAUGGUGACCAGGAGGUUGAGAAGAAGAAUGUGUCGUCCGGACUUUUUUCAGAGUGGUUGAAUUUCACUAGUGAUGAUGCGAAAACGGUUUUUGCUGCUUUGGCAAUUUCGCUUGCUUUUCGUACUUUCAUUGCCGAGCCGAGGUUUAUUCCUUCUUUGUCAAUGUAUCCUACAUAUGAUGUUGGAGAUAGAAUUGUUGCUGAAAAGGUUUCAUACUAUUUUAGAAAGCCGUGUGCAAAUGAUAUCGUGAUUUUUAAAAGCCCUCCAGUCCUUCAAGAAGUUGGAUAUACUGAUGACGAUGUUUUCAUAAAACGUGUUGUUGCAAAGGAAGGUGAUGUCGUGGAGGUUCGAAAUGGACAUGUUGUAGUUAAUGGGAUUGAGAGGGAUGAGAAGUUUAUAAAUGAAGCACCGAAGUAUGAGAUGAAACCCAUACGUGUGCCAGAAAACUCCGUUUUUGUGAUGGGAGACAACCGCAAUAACAGCUACGACUCACAUGUGUGGGGUCCAUUGCCUGCCAAGAAUAUCAUAGGUAGAUCAGUAUUCCGCUAUUGGCCACCAAAUAGAGUGGCCGUCACAGUUGCUAAGGGAGGGUGCCCUGUUGAAACCAAGCCGGAGACUACUAGUACUACUCUAGCAUCUCAAUGA